CCACCAACUCGGCGGCGCCGGCGACCGCCGCCGCAGCAACCGCUCUUUUCGUUUUUCCCACGAUGCCCCGGAAGCCCAAGCGGAAGGCUCCGGCCUCGCCGGCGGCGCGCGACGCCUCGCCGGAACCCUACCCCACCCACGCCUCCCCUUCCCCGGCGCAGUGCCUGGCCGUCCGCGACGCGCUGCUCGGGUUCCACGGCUUCCCCGAGGAGUUCGCGCCCUUCCGCCGCCUCCGCCUCGGUGGCAGCGGUGACUCUCCGCCGCCUCCGCCCCCCACCGUCCUCGACGGGCUCGUCACCACCCUCCUCUCCCAGAACACCACCGAGGCCAUCUCCCGCCGCGCCUUCGCCUCCCUCAAGGCCGCAUUCCCCUCCUGGGACCAGGUGGUGGACGAGGAGGGGACGAGGCUGGAGGACGCCAUCCGGUGCGGCGGGCUGGCGGCGACGAAGGCGGCGAGGAUACGGGCGAUGCUGAGGGGCGUGAGGGAGCGGAGGGGCAAGAUUUGCCUCGAGUACCUGCGGGAACUGUCGGUGGAUGAGGUGAAGAGGGAGCUGUCGCAUUUCAAAGGGAUCGGGCCGAAGACCGUGGCGUGCGUGCUGAUGUUCUAUCUUCAGAAAGAUGAUUUCCCAGUAGAUACUCAUGUACUUCGCAUUACAAAGGCUAUGGGUUGGGUUCCUGUAACAGCUAGCAGGGAGAAGGCAUACAUUCAUCUAAAUAAUAAAAUCCCAGAUGAUCUGAAAUUUGAUUUGAAUUGUCUUAUUGUAACUCAUGGGAAGCUUUGCCAAACAUGUGCCAAAAAGAUGGGAGGUGAGAAAAGCAAGGUUCCCAAUGCUGCCUGUCCACUAGCAAGUUACUAUUGUGUUGGUGAAAAGCUUCAGCAGUAGUUUGAGGCAUCAUUAAUGGCUGUUGGUGCUUUGAUAAUGGGUUGCAAAACCUUCCAACAGCGCUAGCAGCACAAGGAUUUUGCAAAGCUGAGGUUAAAUGAAAAGCAGAAUGGUUUUCCUCUAAAAAAAUGAAAAGCAGAAUGGAUAGUUUCAUCCUGAUGUUUCAGGUUUUGCCAUUGGGGAGCUUCCAGCUCAAUGGUAUUGGGCUAUUUGCAAACUCAUUGCUUCCAACUAAGAAAUUCCAACGAGAAGCAGAAGAAUGGAGAAUUGGAGAUUAUCUACUUAUCAAAACAUACAACCGGCUAGAGAAGUUCCAACGAGAAACAGAAUGAUGGCACUAGUGACUUACCAAAAGAUAUCAUGCUGGUUACACCGUGAAGAAAAUGGCAAACAGUGUAGACCCAACCUAUUGUAUGCACAUGGUCCCUCCCAAGUUUCUAAUGCACGCGGUCUCUAGUGCCUGAUGGGGUGGCUUGUGAUUUUCAGAGCAGGCAUUCGCUGACACUGUCCAAAAGGUUCUGCUGUGUUUUGAUGGUUGCAAGCUUAAGCUGAGCCUUCCCAUCCCACCUGCUUGAAGAGUUGAAGCGGAUGAAUGCACUUGAGUUCAACUGUGGAAACUUGGGAGCUUUGGAUGGACAGGAUGUGGACCAUUGAUGGACAUUUCGUACUUCAUACUUUGAAUUGAAGCAGAGCAACGUGCCAUACCAUGCUGCCAUGUGAUCUGAUUGGCCAGGCGGCUUGCUUCAUGCUCACAUGAAGCUUAACUACCGGCAUCACCGGCUGCAGCUAGAAGUUUUGUUGUGCUUUAAUGUAAUGCACUAUCACAGGUUAAAAUCCUAGAGCCUUGUGUUGCUGGGAACAUCUGGUGUGAAAGUCCAACGCUUUUUGACCUCUCUCCAAGAAGUAACCGCCACUUUUGUAUUUUGGAGUGAAUCUUUAGCCGCUCAUGAAUCACGAUCCACUAAUAUCAUCUUUGCUUCCAGUGUC